GCUCAUGCCGUACUCACAUCAUUUGGACCAGUAAUUGGUGUCUUUGUGGGUGGCUAUCUGCUUAACAUCUACGACGAUUUCGACAGAGUCGAUCACCCACCGAUAGCUCGGACAGAUCCUCGCUGGAUCGGCGCGUGGUGGAUUGGAUUCCUAGCCUCGUCCAUCAGUGCUCUUCUGAUUGCGUUCCCAAUUUUGGGGUUUGCUCACGAACUUCCAGAAGCGAAACGCCAUCGGGCCAAAGACGUCAAUCAGGUGAUCCGUGACUUUAUGACUGCUCAAGUCGAAUACUGA